UUACCAAUUUCAAAGUGAUGCCUGAUUGAUUCCACUUAAAUGAUUUUCAAAUGAGUUCAACCUUCACCAGAGGACCAGUUUGUGGCACUGAUAACUGUCGUUCAAAACUAUGGAGACUCAUUGAUGGAAGACGAAUCUGUCAGUUUGGUCAUGUAAUGGAUGGCGAUAUAGAAUUUAAUGAUGAAGCAGAUCAAGAUAACUUUGUUCAAACUAAAAGAUUAAAUAUCCCCACUGCAAAAUCAAGACUUGGGUCUCAAAAGAGUUCUCUUCAUGCUGCUGAAAAUUUAAAACUAUAUGGCUCAAAGGGUAAACAGCUAUUCUUAAAAUGUUACCAGCAUGUUCUUAAAUCCCAAGUAAAUUGGCUAAUUAAAGAAAAAAAAUUUCCAAAAUUAUUUGAAAGAAUUGUCAAAGAACUUUGGAUAAUUUAUCUAUUGUCGAAUUAUGACUCAAACAACUCUACUAAUUUAAAAAAAAAUGGAAAUCGUUCAUCUGGCAAUGAAAGUGUUGAAGACAAUGAUGAGAAUGAUGACGACAAAAACAGUAACUAUAGCAGUACCUAUGAAACUGAUGCAACAAUCAAUACUGAUGGAGAUGAACUUAGUGGUUUGGAAGAUGAUAGUACUGUAAAAAGGAAAAAUUUCAACUAUCGAAUACCACUCAUACAUUCAAUAAUAUUAUGCUAUCUUUCUUGUUUGUAUUUGAGAUUGCCAGUCUACUCAAUUGAUUUCAUUAGAUGGUGUGUAACUAAUAAGAUUCCAUAUAUGAAAGCGACUUUUUUUAUUCCUUCAAACUUAAGACAAAAAUUGGCUAAUCAUUAUUUACCUGUGUUUGAGCCCUUAAGACCCCCAAUUAAGGGCGAUUUUUAUUUUCAGGUUAAAAAGGUUGUCAAAAAAUUACAUGAGAAUUUAAAUAAAUUAACAAUAAUACAGGAAAAUUUCAAGAUUAGUUACCAACCAUUGCUAUUUAAAGUUAUAAAAGAAUUGAUUCUACCACCUGAAAUCUUUCAAGCUGUGCAAAAUUUUAUAAGGUUUAGACAAAUAAAUUUCGAGUUAUCCUUUUUGGAUAUCAAUGAAAAGAAUAAUAAUAGACUUUAUAAUAAAAAUCCCAAAAAACAAAACUCAGUGGAUGUAUUGCUAAUAGAAUUUCCCGAGAUAAAAUUAAUAUCGAUCAUUAUUAUGAUUACAAAGCUAUAUUUUUCAACUGCUAGAAUAUUUAAUACAAGUACAAGAGAUAAUUCUAGGAUUAAUGCAAAUAUACAGAAAAGUAUUGAAAAUAAUUAUUUCUAUAGUUGGAAAAGAUGGCUUGAUAUUACUGGGAAAUUAAAUGUUGAAAAAGAUAUAAAUGAUGAGCAGAAUUUUGAUUCUUUAUUGAGUUCAUUAUUAUCUUCAAAUUUUAUAAUCAAUGAUAUAAUUGAAUGGGAUGAUUACAAAACAAAUAAGUAUUUAGACUGGUUUAAUUCAACAUUAAUUAAAAAUGAUAAAUCAGAAAUAAAUAGAGAGUCUUUGUCGAUAGUCGAAAAGAAAUUGUUCGAUAUUUUCAAUUACAAUGAUUUGGAUAAUGAUAAAGAUUCUAAUGUUUCUAAUGAAAAUGAAAAUGAAAAUGGUAUUGAAGAUUUCGAUAAUUUUGAUUCUUUUAAAAAAAUUGGAAAAGCUGAAAAUGAACCUCUUAAAAAAAAGCAGAAAAAUAAUAAUAGUAAAAAUAAUAAUAAUAAUGAAAAUAACUUUAAUGAGAUUAAAAAUGUUGAAACCGCUUUCCAGAUUUUUUCUCAAUCUGUAAAUACAUUAAAAAAUUGCAGUCCUGUUUCUAAUGAGGAUUUGCUUAUUAUUGAGAACGCAUUGAUUAAUAAUUUAAUAAUAAAUUUUGGAAUCACUAGCAAGCAGUUAAAAAUUUGUGUCAAUUGGGCUGACAGAGAACUAGUUCAUUUGAUGCAAUCUGAACUGCUCUAGUUAUCUUGAUAAACAAAUUAUACUAUACUGUUGUAGCAUAAUAAAUUUAUUUUUUUCUUAUAAAGAUGUAAUUAAUUUUUUUUAUUUUAUAAACCAUUCAAAAUUUGGAACGAAGAGAAGAGAAUGUUUUGAAA